GUGUUGUUUUCCCCUCCCUUCAGCAUAUGCUAAUGAAGCAGCAGGAUCGCAUUGACGAUCGAGUGAAAGACAUCGAGGAGCAGCUGUAUAAGUUAGAGUCUGACAAACUACUAGUGGAGGAUAAGGUACGGCAGCUGAAGAAGGAGGUGCGUGUGCAGUAUCACAAAAUGCACCAGCUCUUAGAAGAUGACCUGGGGAGAACUCUAGAGGUGCUGGAUAAAGCACACUCCAAAUACUGCCAGGAGAACUCGACCCAAACCCUCCAGCUCAAUGAACGCCGCCAGGAGGCCAAGAAACUGCUCAGCUCUGUCCAAGUUGUGUUUGAUAAGGCAGAGGAUAUUAACAUUAUGAAGAACACAAAACCAGUGAAAAUACUCAUGGACAGAUCACAGUCAAGCACGGGCAGUGUUCUGCCUCCUUGCAAAGUGGGUCAUCUUAAUUCCAAAAUAUUCCUGUCUGAAGUCUCAAAAAAGGAAAAGAACUUGCGUAAAAUACUGGAAGCACCAUUCAGUACUCCUGCACACUUCCUCCAGAGCGUUUCUGUCCACCCCUCCAGUGUGAAUACCUCCGGGGUUGAGAAACGCAAACACUCCACGACCUUCCCUGAAAGCAGCACCAGCCUGCUGGAGUCCUCGUCAGGCCCCAUGAGCAAACAGCAGUUCCUGGGUCAAGGUUCCAACUCCAUAGACGGGCCAGUGUCGCAGCCGCACAUGGCUCCCUGUAGCUCCACCCAGCACAUUGUAGGCCUCAGCAGUAGCAGCAGCGCCCAGUCUGUCCAUCAUUCCAGCUCCGUUUUUACUCCUGCUGACUACCCCAACCCCAGCUCGUCCCAGCAGGCCAUGCUGCCGCAGUACGGCGGCCGUAAGAUUCUCAUGUGCACGAUGGACAACUGCUACUGCUCUAGCGUCCCCUCCAUAUCGAACCACCAUGGCCAUCCUCCCUACCCGCGCUCGGGAUCUUUCCCUUGGACACAGGACUACACCCACCCCCUGCCCUCCACGCCCUCAAUGUCCCAGCCUCUCCAGGGGCUCUCCAUGCACGACUGGAUUGACGCCUCACAGAGCCACAGGCACCCUGAUUUCUAUGGAUUGUACGGCCAAUCUUCCACUAAACCAUACGUCACCAGUUAACUUCCCCUGCAUCUCUGGUUUAUCUCCAAUAACUCACCCAUUUCCUUAAGGUUCGGUCACAUUUGCGAAAUUUUGCGUGCAAAAACAAGUAAAUUGUCAAUAGCAUAGAGAUGAAUGAAGCACAGCUCACACAGAAGUCAGUUUCAAACCAGGCAAAUCUGCAUGACCAACUUGAACAUGAGGGAAAUCUGUGUGGGGAAAUUUUUUGCGCUUGCGCGAAAUUCCCAAUUGCGUGGAUUCUUAUUGGAAUGACUGGAUUUCGCCUGCAAAAUUUUGCCAAACAACGGCAAAUGUGACUGCACCUUUAGACCUUUUUUUCCCGCCUGUCUUUCGAAAUCAGGCUUGUUAUCAUCACAAUCAAAAGGACAGCACUUUUUAGCAUGCAAUGCAAGUCUCUCGGCUUCAAAACACUGAUCUCUUCCAACUUAAGCAUUAAUACCUUUUCUGUCCCUGUGUAAAACAUAAUAAGGGAAUCUUUCUUUGAGAAAUGUGGAGGUGGGAC